AUAACUGUUUUGUUUUUGUCCUCAUGACAGCAGCCUUUUAUUCCUCCGUUUAGAGAUUAUGUUCACCAGGCUUCGGACAUUUAAAAUGCGAUUUUAUGAUGACCAACACACAAAAUUAAUUUUGUAAUAAAUUAUUCAGAGGCGAAUUCUCAAAAAGGGCUAGUUCCUACGGAUAAGACAGGUGAGGGAUUCGGCUUUUGAAAAUGAGUAAUAACCUUCAUCUGAGUUUAGUAAACACCGGUAAAGAGCACAGCCAAACCCCCGGGCCCGCAGACAGCAGCACCACCCCGUCCGACCUCGAGAAUUUUCCGUACGACGCCGAAGAUCCGGGCGAGGAGAGCGGCCCGGAGGAGCCGAGGGACGGAACGGUCAGCCCGGAGGAACUCAACGACGACGACACCUCUGGGGAGAGCGAGAACCUACCCAAAACCUGCACCUAUGACGGCUGCACGGAGACCACGACACAGGUGGCCAAAGCCAGGAAACCCUGGAUGUGCAAAAAACACCGAAAUAAAAUGUACAAGGACAAGUAUAAGAAGAAGAAGAGCGACCAGGCCAUGUCUUCUGGAAAGCUGGAGGAGGGCUCGGAAGAGCGGCCUGUCUCUGUGACCAAGCAGAGGCUCGGCUCUAUGGGUGACAGACCCGCCAGACCCUCACUCAUAGAGCAGGUGCUCAACCAGAAGAGACUAUCUCUGCUGAGGAGUCCAGAAGUCAUCAGUUUCCUCCAGCUGCAGCAGCGUUUACUGACCACGCAGAACCGCUCUCAAACACAGCACAACUUCUGAACACUGAAGCUGACCAACAUUUCAUACAGUCCCUUUUUAACAUUUUUUGUGAAUACUGCAUAUUGAUGCUGUCAGCAUGGGGUACCUGCAGUGGUCCUGAAUGCAGUGGAGACUAUCAGCAAAACUGCAGGAUCUCAUCCGUGAAGAGCUUUCAUAUCAUGAAACAAAUCAGCAGCUAAAUCUACUGUACAAUUCUGUUCGUCCACAUGAGGUCAGUUAGGAUUUUUAAUGAACACUAGAGAACAUUCAUCAAUUCAAUGAUCUUAAUGUAUUCUAUGAUAGUGUUACUGAUCAAAUCUCUUUGAGAUUUUUUUUAACUUGCCCAUCCACAUCUUGUUAAUUGUAAAGCAGAAAAAAACAGCCUAUGUUGUGUUCAGUCUGCUUUAUUAUUAUUUUUAAGUCUGCUAAAGCAAUCAAAUGCAUUUUUACAGAUCCUCUGAUAUUUAUGAAUGACAGUUUUUAGCUUGAAAAGCGAGUAGACAUCUCAACUUUUGUUUGUUUUUAAUAUUAUAUUUGUGUUCAGGUCAAAAAUCAAAAAGGCACAAAUAAAAAGGAGGCAUUUGUUUUGUAUUACAAAAACAAGACAGCUAAGUUUAAACGUUAUAGACGGCAUAUGGCAAAUAAAACACUGUCAGAACAA